UCUCUAAUGAUUGUCAAUGAUCAGUCACACUUGGAUCACUGAUUCUCUGAAGCUUUCCGCGAUGAAGACCUUUGCAUUUGUGAUUUUCGCCCUUAUAAUCAGUGCCAUUUCUGCAAACGGAGAAGAAUGCACUGGAGCCAAUCAAGUGUUCGUGAAAUGCGGCCCGUCGUGUGAUAGUUACUGUGAUGGACAUGAUUGUGGAAUUCGCUACUUUGUAUGUCCUGAUCAGUGCUACUGUGCUCCUGGAUACCUUCGCAACAACGCCGAGCAGUGCAUUCCGAAGCAAGAGUGUCCAUAAAUGAGUUGAUUCGGGAAAGUUCUCAUUGCAUUAAAUCACAC